UGCGACUCCUCAAUCAAUGACUGUAACACCUGUCAUCGAGAAUCAUCAGCCAUCAUCCAAAGUUCUGUGGCUAGCUGUGCUUAAUCUUGAUAGGCAUUUUGCGAGCUUCAGACGCAGCUAAAUCUCCCGAAGGCGCUCUACACAUCUUUAAUCCCAACGUAAAGUUUACGCCAUCUCCGUCACUCUUUGUCGUUCUUUCUCCGUUCCUCUACAGUUGUAUGCACUGAACGGGCCACUGUACGUUAGUUCGUGGCCACACCUUCUUGACAGGAAAUAAGAAUAUCUUGGUUUGAUUCAGCAAGCGCCUUCGAUAUCUUCCAGAAAACGCCAUGGCUGUCCUCAACGCUAUUCCUCCCCCAGAGCCCGCCUCUAACACCGAGGCGGCCAACUCACACGCCAUCCAUGGCCACCAGCACACAGCCUCGGUGGCCUCGACGGCUUCGGUUGAUAUCGAAUCAUGGACCGUCUCGGCCCUGCAGGCCCUGAGUGUCUCGCCCGUGGCCCAGGGCACUGGCGAGUCGCUCACCAUCCCGCUGGACAACAAUUGGUCCAGUCCGCCACCAGAGCCAGUGUACGUUCCCAAGCCCGCUGCCGUUCGUGUCUCCAUCGAACCGGGCUUGGCGAACAUCGCCCCGCCUCGCCGGUCCCGUUCGCGUCGUGAUAGUAUGCGCACGCGUGACGCAGUGCUCAAAGGCGAGUUCUCGCACCGGAGGCGCCAGCGGUACGACAACGACCGUCUGGCCCACAUCCCCGGCGCCCAGCAGCCGCUCGAGCCCGUCGAUCUGGUCGCCGGCCCCACGUACGUUGUGCACGACCACGUGCCCUACCACAUCGCAAGGGAAUGGGACCGCGGCCUGCGUGAGCACGUCGAGGACGAGCGCGCCCGGCUCGUCAUGCGGCGCAAGGCGCAGCAGCAGUGGGCGACGGCGGGCCUCUGGGCCGCGGCCGCCAAGUCCACCAAGGCCGGCGGCGGCAAGGUCCCCAAGCCGCAGGUCGGCCACGUCACCCGCGACCUGCGCGCCUGGGCCAAGCGGACUCCGGUCCUUACCGAGUGGAUCCGCGAGCUGGAGGAGCCCAUACGCCAGUUCCUGGCUGAGGAGCAUGCUCGGGUCCAGACCGAGGCCAAGGCUCAGCGCGCCGCCGCCGAGAGCAAACAGAAGAAGGCCGCCACGGACCUCAGCGCGGGCGAGAGCGGCCUGGAUUCGGAAGACGAAGAGAUUGUCUUCGUUGGGAGGCAGAACGCGGCCCCGCCGGCGCCAAAGACCUCGGGCGUUGGCGCGGGGUGGAAGAAGGCCCAUCGCGAGGUGCCUGGCGGACGUGCCUUGGACUCGGGCAUCGCGCUUGACUCGUUUGGCGACGACGAAAGCAGCUCUUUCAGGCGAUGGCUCACGCAUUCCAUCUCGGAUUACUACGGCCUUUCUUCACACACGGCCACCAUGGGCACUCCGGUUCGGAAAAUUGUAUACGUCGAGAUAAAGUCGGAGGGCAAGAAGAAGACCCCGCUUGGACCACGAGAGCUGCCGUUGCCCCUGUGGACUCGCUUCUAGUCAUCUAAACAUGUCAGGUAACAGGGCUUUAUAGCCUGGACUGACUUUCCACUCCAUGCUUAGAAUGUCACUUAGCAGAUGCCAGCUUGCGUCCGAGCAAUUUACAAAUCAUAUACUCA